AUGAUAGAAACAACUUGUCUAAUAGAAAAUUGUAUACUGUCAUUAAAUUGCACUGAUUAUACACCAUGUAAAUGUAUACGUGAUUUUGUUGUUCGAUAUAAUGUCACUAUUAAACAUGAAGAUGAUGAAGAUGAUAUCGUUCAUAUGAGUGUCAUCACACAAAAACCAAUUGAUGAUAAUCAAUCGAUUAUUAUUGGAGAAAUGUAUCCAUGUUUUUAUGAUCAACGUGAUAUAACAACUGUUUUUUGGAUAAAACCUAAUCGAAAAAUAUACUUUAUUUUAUUAUCUUUAAGUCUUAUAUUAGUUUUUGUUCUUAUUCUUGUUCCAAUCAUUUAUCUUAUUUUAAUUAUUGAAUUUACACAUCCAAAUAUAAAACAAAAAUGA